AUGGACAUGGGAGUUGCUAAGAAAAUCCUAGGCAUUGAAAUCAGAAGAGACAAGAAGGAAAAGAGGCUGCUGCUUACACAACAAUCUUACAUUGAGAAGGUCAUUAAGAGGUUCAAUAUAAAGGAUGGAAAAGAGACUCAAGUUCCAUUAGCUGGCCAUUUUGCAUUCACAACUGAACAAUCUCCAAAAGAUGAAAAAUCCAAGAAAAGAAUGGAAGAAAUUCCUUAUGCCAAAGCCAUUGGAAGUGUUAUAUAUGCUAUGAUAAGCACAAGGCCUAACAUAGCAUAUGUUGUCAGCACUUUGAGUCGAUUUAUGUCCAAUCCUAGUGAGGAUCAUUGGACUGGUUUAAAAUGGCUUUUAAGGUAUCUAAUAACAACCUCAAACUAUGGUUUGAAGUUUGAAAAGACUGGCAGUACAUUGAAGUUAGAAGGAUUUGUUGAUGUUGAUUAUGCAUCAAACAAGGACACUAGAAAGUCGAUUACUAGCUACUGUUUCCAGUUGAAUUCAUGCUGUAUAAACUGGAAAUCUCAGCUACAACCUGUUGUUUCUUUGUCAACUACAGAAGCCGAGUUUAUGGCAAUAACAGAGGCCUUCAAGGAAGCAACAUGGAUCAAGGGUAUUCUACAAGAAAUCAACAUGCUGAAAGGAAAAGUUUUUGUAUUUUCAGACAGUCAAUCUGCCAUUCACUUGAGCAAGAACCCAGUCUACCAUGAGAGAUCCAAACAUAUCGACAUUAGAAUGUUUUGGAUCAGGGACAAAAUAGAAGUUGGAGAAAUCGAAUUGUAG